GAAUACUCAUUCUAGCUCAGAAAAUUUUGAAGUCCGUUAACAAUGCAUGAUCGUUCUCUCGCUAUCCGCUUCUGUUUUAAAUGGCCUGUCAAAAUGGCGAGUGUACAGAGAGAUCAAUGGUGUUAUGUUGUUCUUCAAUGUUUAUUAUUGAACUUAUUAUUAUGUAGAAAUGGUGCUUUUGCUGACAAAAAUAAGUAUUAUCACAUAUCUACAUUAUGUACUAAGGAACGCAAUCUUCAAAUGUACAAGAAAAUAGAUGGUACAGUUCUAACAUCGGAAGGAGAAGACAACUUGUCAUGUGUCCUCACUUUCCAGACAGAUACUAUACUUCAGAGGUUCAUGCUGAGGUUUGAACGUUUAGCUUUGGACUGUAACGAUCAUCUUUAUAUCUUUGAUGGUGCACAUGCGUUUGGUAAUUACAAGGCAGAUUUGUCUUGUCGUAGCACUAGAGCUGAUGUUGGGACCAUCUUUACACAAAGCAAUUUUGUAACUCUAAAGUAUGUAACAGAUAAGUGGACUCAACCUGGGAAUGGUUUUAAAUUAGUUAUCACAACCUUUAAAGACUCACCUGUAGGAUGUCGGGACUUUCUUUGUAUGAAUAGCUUCUGUAUCACUCCAGAUUUAACCUGUGAUGGUGUGAAUCAUUGUGGUGAUAACAGUGAUGAAACAAGUCAUGCCUCAUGCAUUGAUGACACCUCAGGGAAUGAGAUAUUGGGAAUGGCAGCAGGAGCUUUUGCCACCUGCAUUACGGUGCUGAUUGGGUGUGGCCUACUGUUUUGUGGUGUGGGGGUAUGCCUUUGUCGCCGGGCUCGCCUUCAGAGAGAUGAACCUCCAAAUGCUUCACCGCAUUCCCUGGUUGCUGGCCACCAGCCUUAUCCUAGUAAGCGUCAGUGCCCAGAUACAGUACCUCCCCCGAUCGACAUGAGGAAAAGCCUCCCCCCUAUCCAGGAGGUGGGUUCUCCCCAGGCACAGGCAUCACCUACAAUAUGCACGACGAAAGCCUCUACUACCCCACCAAGUGAGAACUGGCUCGUCUGAAGAGCCGUUACAGCAAUACCGUCUGAGCACAAUCUCUUGUGGUUUGUAUUUUUGGUGUCGGCUGUUAUAGCAAACCAUUUGCCUUUUUCAGAUAUAUGUUCAUUAUUAUGUGUUGUGUCAUAUUUUCUGCGAAGGAUCCAUUCUGGUUUUAAUAGGAUAUUUUCAUGACAUUACAAUAAAAGCAUCUCUGUUUGGAAACAUAUAAAAUUCAUUUUGAAAUCUGCUAUUUUAGUUUUACUGAGAACUUUGUUAAUAGAAUUGAAAUUUAAAAUUUAGUACAUCUAGGGAAUGGUUAAAUGCAGAACUUUUAUGUUUUUCUUCACAAUAACUUGAAAAGGAGAACCAAUAAAGAAAUAAUAGUAGUUACAGGUAAUGAAAUUUUUUUCCAAAUAUCAAUUUAUCUGUGUUCUAUUGAUGAAAGUUUCAAAUGAGUUAUGUAACUAAAUUUUUUUGAAGAAGACUUUAUAUAAAUUUAGCAUAUGUAAAUGCUUAUUUUUGGUCGGUAAUAUUAUAUGAAGACUUUAAAAUAUGAAGGCAUUUCUUUUAUAUGCAAAUACAAUUUAUUAUUUUUGUAAUCAGAAUCUAUUGAAGUUGUUGAUUGUAUUAUUAUUGUAGAAUCAUAGUUAUUUUGGAUUGUGGUGAAUUUUUCUACUGUAUUUGUUUUAAUAUCGUAUUGGUUUAACUUUUGUUAUUUGCAUGUUGUUUUACAUAUUGAAAUUAUAUUUGUCUGAAUCAUUAGCUUUUUUUUAAAUGAUUUACUUUAAUUUCACAAUAUAGCUUUUAUUUACCAGUUAGUGUUACCCAAAUCUUUUGGAGUAAAUAGAUUGAUAUUCGAUAUUAUAUAGCCUUAUGAUAGGAACAUAACUAAUAUGAAAAGAGGAAGACCUUACAUUUUUUUUAAGAGUGAAAUAAUUUAUGUUAAUGAAAUGUUUAUUUUGUGGUAGGUACUGUAAGAAAUGAAAGUGCUUUGCUAUUUCCAAGGCACAACAUCAAUUUGAGAUGUUUCUUCUUUUUUUCAAGCUAUUAAGACCAGAAUUGAGAUUUUGCUCUUCAGAAUCCAUUAAGACAGCUGGUGGUUAUAUAUUUUCGUUGUAAUUUUACAUCCUCUGUUUUGGUAAAAGAGAAACUUAUAUAUAUAUAUAAAGAAUGUUCUAUAUGAUAUAAGUUGAUGGCAUUUAAAUAACAUCUGUGCCAUAAAUCUCAUAAUAUAUGUAAUCUCAUUUUACAUUAUACUUAUACAAUCAUAUUUGUGCUAUUGAUCUCUUUCUGUGUAUCUUUUGGUAGUACUUGCUUUAGAAUUUUUACAGUGCAAGACAUACAACUAUCAUUGAGUUCAACUUUUUUUAAUGCUGUUUAUUUUAGUCAUUUUUUAAAUACUAUAUUGUCAACUGCAAAACAAAAUUUAAAAAUGUAUAUAUGUCCAAUUAUGGAAAAUGAUUUUUUUUUAAAUCUCAGAGUAUAGAAACUUAUAAAAAUUUGUGUAUUAUAUUUAUUAGCAGAAAAAAGAAAUAUAUUUACCUAAAGAAUUCUGUGUGUUUCUGAAGUCCUCUCCUUUUGCUUUUCUUUCAUUUGGAAGGGUGAUUCACCAGCCAAACCAUUUGCUCUAUGAGUGAUAAAAACUAAAGGAGAGCUCUUUCUAUUGCAACUGUAAAAAGGCUAGUCUAGACAUUAGCCCUAAUUCUAAAAGUUGAGUUUUCUGCAUGGAAAUACGAGUCUAGAAAGCUUCAUUUUGAUGUAUUGAUUUUUGAUCACGAAUUCUGAGCAUUUGUGUGUUAGCAUGUUUGUAGAAUGCACAAAGAACAAGACUUGCUUCAUCCAAUUUAGCCAAGUGUUUUUGUCUUGGCUUCACAUAGAGGCAUAUCAUUUCCUUUUUUGUAUUUUUAUGAGCCUUUAUAUAUGUUUGUGUAUUGAAGCCAAAUAAAAAGAUUUCAUGUGUCCAAA